GAGUUAAUUUCAUCUAUGUCUCUUUUUGUUUCUUGCAGUAACUCGUUAAUUAUUCAAACAGAGAAUACUGAAACAGACGAAAAAGAGAAUGCAGACAAAAAUACCAAAGGUUCUGCCAAGAAUCUUGGCCGUACAUCUUCUCAGUUGCUUGGAAUUGAGGGCCAUCAUGUCGAAGCAGUGACUGGUGCUUUCCUGGCCCGAAUCCAAGAAGAAAAUUCUCUUGACCAACAGUUUGGUUCUAAAAGUUGCAUAAGUCUUCCAGAGGAGUUGAUAUAUGGUUCCAGGGACUUCGAUACGCAGAGCGCCAAACUGAGUCCGUCGCGAUCAUCCCACUCAAUUGUUCCGUCCAGAAAUGUCAGUCAUACAAAUCUGCAAAUUCUAAAGAACGAAUCAUUUUCAUUGCUACCCAGUGAUAUCCAUUCAAAACUUGAAACGGGGUCAUUCACCCUCGAAAUCAAAGACAUAUCCCGACCAAAUCGUCCCCAGAUCGUUGUCAAUCCUCCAGAACCAAAGGUGACAGAUAAAUUAAUGACUGAAAAUAAUAACUGCAAUGAAGAACCUCCUACAAAACACACAAAUUCACUCUGUCAUAAACUGAAACAAAGCACUUUGCUAACUCUUCUCAGCAUGGCAGAUGUCCGCAUGUCUGUCGCACUGUACACCAUUUUCUCCUUUGGAGUUAUUGGAUUCGAAGAUACGUUCACAAUAUGGGCAUCAACGGAACCACGGUUAGAUGGCCUUGGGUUCAACACUGACCAGCUUGGCGUCAUCACUGGAAUUGUAGCCGUCCCCAUAAUGUUUCUACAAGUCUUCAUCUUUGCUCCUAUGGCUCGCAGAUACGGAAUCCUUAAGACAUUUAUGGCCAAUGUAACGAUUCUCCUCAUCACAGUCACAUUAUGUCCCAUUACUCAUCUUCUCUACAAUAAACCCGUCCAACUCUGGGUUUCGUUACUGAUAUUGUUAAUCCCCCAACGUAUCUGCACCAGUUGCUGUUUCUCUGCUACUUCAUUGCUCAUCAACAAUUCUGUUACCCCUGAUAUUGCUGGGUCAGUGAAUGGGAUUGCCAUGACCUCUACUGCCCUUGCCAGAGCAUUUGCACCAACAUUUGGAGGGAGCCUGUUUGCAUGGUCUAUCAGCUCAUAUGUGGAAAACAUAGGACCACCUUUUGAUGUCAACUUGGCGUUCUUUGUCUUUGGUUUUGUCUUCUGGAGUUGCGCAGUCCUCGGCCUUUUACUACCCCGUUCUCUUGACAAACAGAAGAAAUGCCAUAACAAGCCAUCACCUGCAAGACAAGGCUAAAAUAUA